AUGAUAAUGACAAUGUUGGGGAAAGCAAGAGAAGGAGUGGCUCCAUUGAUGAAAGUUGUUAGGUUAAAAGGAAUGUGUAUUUUGGAGCAAUUGCAUUUAGAAGAACGGUUGCUUCGGAGGAGUUCGGAUAAUUGGUGUCUUAUUAAUGAUGGAACUACUUCCCCUGCCAUUGUGAUGGGCUUGUCUGGGAAACUUUCAGAACUUGUUGAAGCCAAAUCUGUGUUGCGAGAUCAUAUACCUAUCAUCAGAAGGUUUACCGGGGGAGGAACUGUUAUUGUUGACAACGACACUAUAUUCGUUACACUGAUAUGCAAUAAAGACGCCGUUCCAAAUGUUCAACCCUUUCCCCGUCCCAUUAUGUCGUGGAGUGGUCUACUGUACGAUAAAGUUUUUGCAGGGUUUGCCGAUUUCCAUCUCCGUGAAAAUGAUUAUGCGUUUGGUGAUCGCAAGUUUGGUGGAAACGCUCAAUCUAUAACCAAGAACCGUUGGAUACACCACACGUCUUUUCUAUGGGAUUAUGAAGUCAAGAACAUGUCUUAUCUCAAGUUACCCGCAAAGGCUCCCAAGUAUCGACUAACAAGAGAUCACACGGAUUUCAUUUGUCGAAUGAAGGAGCAUAUGCCAAGAUCAGAAUUUAUAGAGAGAACUAUAAAGGCAGUCGGAGACGAGUUUUCUGUGAGUCCCGUUAGCUUGGAGUCCAUAAACAUUGAUUCUGUUUCUGAAUAUGUUCAUACUACUAAACUACUAACAGAGCACGAAAUUCGCGAAGCUUCCAUUCUUCAAACUUGA